AUGUCUUCACAAGAUUACGUGAAAGACGACCACCCAGACCAGAUCAUACCCAGCAAAACUCGGAGGCAGACAUGGUCCGAUCGAAGACGAGCACUCGUCAAGGCCUUCACCACACGAGAAGGCCUUAUCGGCAACUACGACUAUGCAUUUCUCUUCACCCCGAAUGUACCAUUUAUGAAGCGAUCACGACGAGCAGCGCCUUUCUUCGGGCUCAAUGAUCACAUGCCAGUCUUCCUCGCCCUACUUCUUGGACUUCAGCAUGCUUUGGCCAUGCUGGCAGGCAUUAUCGCUCCUCCUAUCAUUCUUUCUGGAGCAGCAAAUUUUGAGCCAGAGGUCCAGAACUAUCUUGUCAGCACAGCACUCAUUGUUUGUGCAAUAUUAUCAUCGAUACAAAUUUCUAGAUUCCACAUAUGGAGGACACCUUACUACCUCGGGACUGGUUUGAUAUCGGUGGUCGGAGUCUCCUUUUCAACAAUCCCAGUCGCGACAGGAGCUCUGUCGCAAAUGUACCAGACUGGUUAUUGUCCUACUGCGGCAGACGGAACGCAGCUACCUUGUCCUCGUGGAUAUGGAGCGAUUCUAGGCACGCAAUGUAUCUGCGCGCUUCUGGAAGUUGGUCUCUCAUUCAUGCCGCCGAAAUGGUUGAAGAAGAUCUUUCCACCACUGGUUACUGGUCCGACUGUGCUUCUCAUCGGUGUUGCGCUUAUCCGUACUGGAAUGACCAACUGGGCAGGCGGUACAGGUGACUGCUCAUCGCGACCUGAAAGUGGUCUUAACCAGCUGUGUCCAACGAUCAACGCGCCACAUCCUUUGCCAUGGGGAAGUGCUGAGUUUAUCGGGCUAGGCUUUCUGGUGUUCGUAACGAUCAUUUUGUGCGAGAGAUUUGGAGCACCGAUCAUGAAGAGUUGCUCGGUCGUGCUCGGACUGCUGGUUGGUUGCAUUGUCGCUGCGGCAUGUGGCUACUUCGAUCGAUCUGGCAUCGAUGCUGCUCCAGUCGCAAGCUUCAUCUGGGUGCACACGUUCCCUCUCUCAGUCUACGGGCCUCUUGUGCUCCCACUGCUGGCAGUGUACAUCGUGCUCACUAUGGAGGCGAUCGGAGACGUGACAGCAACGUGCGAUGUAUCGCGGCUCCAGGUCGACGGGCCCAUGUUCGAUAGCCGCAUUCAAGGCGGUGUACUUGCCGAUGGGAUCAAUGGUCUUCUUGCUGGUCUGUGCACAAUCACUCCCAUGUCUGUGUUCGCACAGAACAACGGCGUGAUAGCUCUCACACGAUGCGCGAACAGAAAGGCCGGUUAUGCUUGCUGCUUGUGGCUUCUCAUCAUGGGCAUCUUUGCCAAAUUCGCGGCAGCUCUCGUCUCGAUCCCCAGCUCUGUUCUCGGCGGCAUGACUACAUUCCUGUUUUCUGCAGUGGCCGCAGCUGGUGUACGUAUCAUGUCAACAAUGCCCUGGACGAGACGAAACCGCUUCAUUUUGACAGCGGCAUUCACUCUCGGCUUCGGUGCUACAUUGGUGCCAGAAUGGUUCUCCUACGUAUUCACCUAUUCCGGUGACAAUCGAGCGCUGCUUGGCUUCUUCAAUGCAAUCUCGCUCGUCAUGGAGACAGGCUUCGCCAUUGCAGCUUUCGUGUCUUUGAUUCUCAAUUUGGCUUUGCCAGAAGAAGACGAGGAUAUGGAAACCCCUGAGCUCACAGCAAAUACUGCUGACGAGCAGGACGAUCGAGAAGAAUGGGACAGGAUACAAGGCGCAAAGACGGCGUCUGGGACGAAGGCAUGA